AUGUUUAAAUCGUCGUAUGCGUUGUCAGCAAACAUGUCUUCGAUGGAUGGUGAUCGUGGUGAUUUUGAUGAUGAUCAUGAUAGAGAUGAGGGCUUUCCGGACGAAGACCCUCCGUUUCAGUCAGAAAAUAACUUUUCGGAUGAUGGGCGGUAUCAAGAUGACAUGCGGUUUCCGGAUGAUCGUUAUCCAGAUGAUUCCCCUGUGCAUAAACAUGAUGAUCGUUACCCAGGUCCCGGACCUCGCCACAUGAGAAUGAUGAGGCCUCUAUUUCGUCCAAGAUUCCAGGGUGGCUACAGGGGGCACCCACGAAUGCAGAUGCAUGGUGGCGGUCGAGGGAAUUUCAUGCGAUCAGGAAUGGGUCCACAUCGUGGUCCUCAAUAUGAUGGAUACGGUCACCCAAUGGGUAUGAACCGGGGAUACCCACCAAGGUUUAGUCCACAGUAUCCUGGACGUUUUCAAGGUAUAAACGAGGAUCAAAUGGAUGAGCAGAUGGACGAAACGCAUCCUUCCGGUGACAUGAACUACCCAGGUCACGGGGAUAUGUCAAUGCCCCCCAAUUCGUAUUCUAAUAUGCAGCACAUGCGCAUGCGCGGUCCACCACCUCAAUUCAUGCCUCCCAACAAACAGAUGCCUCCUGACCAUCAACAACCAGGCGCUAUCCCUCCAGCGGGUUCGGGCGGGCACCAGCCUUAUGGUACAAACGCUUCAUUCAAUAAUCCACCUGGGUCCCAUUAUGGUGGACCACAAGCACCUUAUGGUGGAUCUGGAGCUCCUUAUUCCGGAAACCAAAACAACCAGCCCUUCGGGGCCCCAUCAUUCAAUGGCCCUCCUGUGUCUCAGUUCGGCGGUCCCCCUUACAAUGGUCCUCCAGCGUCUCAGAUGGGUGAUCCUGGUUCAAACCUACCAUCGGGUCAGCAGUUUGCUCCACCCACAAGGCCAUUUGGAGCACCUCCUGCUGGUCCCUUCCCUGUUCCUCCAACCGCCCCUUAUGGCGGCCCUGGAUCUAAUUCGCAACCUGCUGGGUCUUAUAAUGGCCCUUCACAAUUUGCUGGGACACCAACUGGCCCUCAAAGUGCUUCGUCCCAAGGCACCCCUUCAAAUGUUCAAAACAACCUGCCACCAACUCUAGCCAACCCACCGGUCCCCGUCGCUCCCCCAGCUGGUGCGCCUGCGCCAGUUUGCCCACAGUCUGCGACUCAGUCUCCAGCCACACAAACGUCUGCUCAGCCUCCCGCUGCUGCUCCCCCAAUUCCAGUAACUCCAGUCGCGCAACCAGCCUCAAACGUUCCACCACCGUUUACCUAUCCGACUGCGAUUCCAACUGCUUCAGACGGUUCACAUUUUGGUCUUCCACCACCUUGUUUUCCUGCGAUGCCUGCUCCGCCCAGACCCAUGGCUGUGCAAGCUAUUCCAGGACCUGGAAUGCCUCCUGGCACGACUCUACCGUGCCCAACGAUGCCACCUAUGCCAAUGAUGGGCCCUCCACCUAUUCCUGGGAUGCCUCCCAUGCCACAUCCUUUGUCUCAUUUCCGUCCACCUAUGCCUUUCAUGCCACCCGUGAUCCCUGUUAACCCUUUCCCUCCGACCAUGAUGCAACCCAGAAUCGUCGACGACAUUUGGGUCGAAAAUCUUACAGCCGAGGGGAAGUCAUACUAUUACAACAUGCGAACUCGUGAGACCCGCUGGGAUAGACCUGAAGGAGUCACAGUUGUACGCCAAGGUGAAGUAGAAGGCACUAUAAAGCCGGCAACAACGUUGCAAAUGACUACAACAUCUGUUUCGACAAGUGUUGGCGCACCGUCUGUCUCUCCAGCUACUCUCACUAAGCCUCCUGAGGUCGCAGUCUGGACUGAGUAUCAUAAUCAGGAUGGCAAAGCCUACUAUCACAAUAUGAAAACAGGGGAGACAACUUGGGAGAAACCAAAGGUGUUGAUUGAUUGGGAAAAGCAACAGUCAGAGCCGAGUAAUCAAAAGAUACCAGAACAACCAAGCCUCUCUACAACGACGAAGGUAGCUGCUACACCAACAACCGUCGCUAUUCCUGUGGCUGAGAUUAAAAAGACGGCUGUACCUGAAUCGAAUGAAAAUCCUAAAACUGCAGAAACUUUGAAAUCUGAUGCGAUUGAAAACGGAGUCGUGGAGUCAAGUGAGCAGGAGUCUAAAGCGGACUCAGGCAAAACCCCAAAGGAUAGUAGCCGACCGGUAUCUAGCACGGCCGUCCAUGGGACUCCAUGGUGUGUUGUGUGGACUGGUGAUGGUCGUGCAUUUUUCUUCAACCCGAGUCAGCGGCUCUCUGUUUGGGAGAAACCUGAUGAACUCAAAGGCCGAACAGAUGUUGAUCGUUUACUGGAAAAACAACCAAAUACAUCAUUGUCAGGGAACGCUGCCUCACCUCAAGUAAACCCUACGGGUAAUGACAAUGAAUCUGAAGCAGUCGAUGGCGACCCUGUCCCUAAAAGACCGCGCCUUGAAAAUGACGAAAUUAAUGGUCCUGCAAAUGAAGUAGAAGCACCUGCAGCUGUUGAACAAACAGAUGAGAACGAUGCAGAUAAGUUAGGCAGUUCGCUGGAUAAGAUCCCCAUUGGACUAGAAGCUGCCAAAGAAGCCGAAGAAAGGGCCGCCAGAGAAAGAGCUGUACAACCGCUGGAAGUUCGUGUACGACGGUUCAGGGAGAUGCUGGUCGAAAUGCAGGUUUCGGCUUUCUCCACCUGGGAGAAAGAGCUGCACAAGAUCGUGUUUGACCCACGGUACCUGUUGCUUGCAAGUAAAGAAAGGAAGCAGACAUUCGAAGCCUACGUCAAAGAGCGUGCAGAAGAAGAACGACGUGAGAAAAAGAGCAAGCUUAAAGAAAAAAAAGAAAAGUUCAUCGAACUUAUGGAUGAGGCUGGGCUAAACUCGAAAUCGUCGUUUGGAGAUUUUACUUCAAAGUUUUCGAAGGACGAUCGCUUUAAAGCAAUCGAGAAAUCCCGUGAUCGUGAAGCCAUGUUUCAAGAUUACUUAGUAGAAUUAAGGAAACGUGAAAAAGAGGACAAGCAUCGUGAAAAAGAAAAGGUCAAAAUUGACUUCUUCAAUCUGUUGAAAGAACAAGAAAGUAUCAAUCGAUACACUCAUUGGACUGAUGUCAAACGCAAGUUGGAUACUGAUCCUCGAUAUAAAGCUGUAGAUUCUUCUUCGAAAAGGGAGGAUUGGUUCCGAGAAUUUAUUCGUAAACUUGAUGAUGUCCCCGUUGUUCGAGAAGAUAGUUAUACAAGGAAAGAACGAGAAAAAAAGGAACGUCAAGAAGCAUCCCUUAGAGAACGUGAAAAGGAAGUGAAAGAGGCAUUAUCGUCUUCGUUGAGGGAAAGAGACAAAGAAAGAGAACAACAUUUGCGCAAUGAACAAGAAACAAACUUUCAUUCAAUGCUGCAGGAUAUGAUUCGUGAUCCUAGUUUGUCAUGGAAAGAAGCCAAGAAAUUACUUCGUAAAGAUCCUAGAUGGGAGGCUGUUAGUGAUGUGUUCGAACGAUCUGAACGUGAAGAGAUGUUCAAAGAACACAUCAAUGGAUUGUCUAAAAAAUCUCGCGAAAUAUUUUAUCGACUAUUGAACGAAAUCGAAGGAAUUUCUUUUGAUCUGUCAUGGAAAGAAGCAAAGAAAAUAAUAAAUACUGAUCCUCGUUUUGAAAAGAUUCCCAAUGACAGAAAGAAAGAAUCCGAAUAUUUAUUAUGGGUAGAUAUGAAAAAAAGUCAGGCGAAAGAAGCUUUUAAGGAACUACUAAGGGAGACAAAAAUAAUUAACACACGAACCAAAACAACUCUUGAAGAGAAUGAAAAUCACAUUUCAGAUAUUAUGGAGGCUCUUGAGAAAGAUAAAAGAUUUAUCGCCUUGGAUGCUUUCGAGGAUGAACGUAAUGCUUUGAUCGAAGAUUAUAUUGAUAGUCUAGACAAAAGACGCACUCCAACUCCAUUGUCGAUGUCAGCAAAAGAUUCCAAUCGUCGAAUAACGCUGCCUAUCACUGAUAUGAGCAGAACAUCAGAGUCACAUGAGCUGAAUUCAUGUUCGGCGACUUCAAAAGAAGGUUAUUUUUCAGACACACUACAAGAUGCUCCAACUAUGAAUGAUUUUGUUCAAUCAGAAGAAAUUUCUCAUUCAUUAACUAUUGAUAAUACUGUUGAAAAUAAUGAAUAUGUUCUUCAUGAAAAGAACGAAGUAACUAAGGCAAACGAUGUAUUUCCUAGGGAUGAUUAUGAAUUCCUAGGAUUAUUAGAACAACAAAUCACCAAUAAAAAGACUCGAAUAACUUCUUCAAAUCUUAAUAAUUCAAUCAUGUUAAAUUUCGAUCCGUUAAUGAACGUCUCAGAAAAUAACGCUUCCCCACAGCUUUGUAAAUCAAUCGAUCAACUUUCUGAACAGCUAAUCACGACAACUCCUGAAUCGUCUAAUAAUAAUAGUACAAUCAAUGCAUCAUAUUAUAAUCGUACAGGUCAUUUAAUAAGUCCUAUUGGUAAUGAAGAAUUGAUUAACAUCGCUACAGCGUCACCUUCAGUGAUAACAACAACAAUGUCAUCGUCAAUACCGACAACUGAACCAACCGUGGCAUCUCUCUCACCUUAUGUUAAUAUUGAUAAGUUUAAUUCACCUUGUGAUGAUGUAAUUCAAUGUAUUACAACUACAGUUCCUGUUAAAACAACUUGUUCUACAGUUGUUGAAUUACCCAGUUCAUCUUCUUCUAUACUUACGAACAAAUCUUCUACAACUGGCGUAGCUAUCACAGCAAUUGCAAACACUACCACUUUCUAUUCACCAUGGAGACAUCGUAGUGUCCUAAAUCAAGCUUUAGGUGGAGGGGGUGGUGAUGAUGAUGAUGGAGGAGGAAACAGUUCACCGGAAUGGUCAUCUUUUUCAAUACCCAAUGACAAUAAAUUGCACGAAAUCAGUAUAAUACAACAAGGUCAACUCGAAUACAAUCAUGAUAACAGUGAUAAUAAUUUGUGCGAGGAUUUUUCUAAUCAUAAUAAUAAGGAAGAAUAUGAAUCUACUACAAGGAAGAAUAAAGAGAAUUCUAUUCAUAAAACAACAAACCAUUCAGAGCUAGAUCUUCUUGUCAAUAUGUUAGAUCGUGUUGAAAUGAAAGAUGAUACGAUGCAAGAAAAUGAUAAAUCAACAAUUGUAACACAAAUUGUUCGAGAUUGUAAUUUGGCUAUGAAUGAAUAUAAAACACCAGAAAUUCAAUCUUCUAAAUCUGUUACUCCAUCUUUAACAUUUGAUAUAAGAAAAUCUGAAAAUCUAUUAAACAAUAAGAAAUUAGUUGUUACACCAAAAACAUCAAAUUUGACAUCAACACCAUUUCUUUUCAAUAAGUCAAUAUGUAUACCGGAAGAAUUUCAACAAAUGAAUGUCUUAGAUGUUCUCCCAUGCAAUACAUCUGAUCAAUGUAUUGUCAAUCAUAAUACAGAUAUGAAUACUACACCAUAUACUAAAGACACUGGUGGUAUAUCUGGAUUUUUAUCAAAAGCUGCAAGAUCUGUUUAUUCACGUCUUAUAUCAUCUGGUUCAUCACAGUUAGCAUUGAAAGAUACUUCAUUAGUAAAUAAACCACAGGGUAUUAUUGAUUCAUCACUCAUUGAAUCAUGUUCUGUAGGUGAUAAAGUUGAAUCAAUUAAAAAGGAAUUCAGCAUUGAACAGGAGAAACAUCAACAACAAUCUUGCUUAAAUGAAACAUCAUCAUUUGUUCAGUCUGAACAAAUCUCUCAACAAUUAUUAGAUGAUGAAGAGGCAUGGAAAACAGUCAGUUCCGUACAUGAUCUAAAUGGUUCAAUGGAGAUAUCUAGUAAAAUGGAGAUAACUGGUAGCUGUACUGAUAGUGAUGGUGCAAUGUUGUUAGGAAAUAAAGAAAAUGCAGAAUGCUUACAAGUCCAUAAGAUUAUACAUGAAGAUAUUGAUGAUGUGAGCAUGAAAAGUGAAAAUAAUUCAUCAACAUCAAAUUUAUCCCGAUCACCAUUAAAAGAACUACUUAAUAAUAUAAAAGAUGUGAAUACAACUGAUAACAAUAUUACUACAAAUGAUUUUGAUCAUAAUAAUCAAUCAUGUCAUGAACAUAAUGGAACUACUAGUACUACUACCACUACUGUUCCUUCGAUCUCUUCUUCGUCACCUACGAAAUCCGCAUUAUCCAUUUCGAUUAAGGAUAAUAAUAGUGUAAUUGAGAAUCUUGAAAACAUUGAAAUAACAAAACAAAACUUACGUGAUGAAAUUACUCAGUUAAAAAAUGAAGCUGAUCUAUGGAAAUCGGUACUUAAAGAUUAUCAAUCUACUUAUGUCAAAGCUGAAACAAUCAUAUCAGAAUGUCAAUUAGUAGAAACUACAAAACUUAUACAUUUAAUUGAAGAACGUAAUGAAACAAUGGAUCAAGCGAAACGAAUGCUUGCUGUAUAUAAAGAUAUGAUGCAUCGUGUUGAACGUGCACAAAAUGUAUUACAAUUUGCUAAAAAGAAACAAGAAUCAUUAAAAAUGAAUUUUGAUAAGAUUCAUUCAAGCAUGUUGACAAUACAAGAGAAACAGUAUGAUUUUAUUAAUUCAUAUGAACAACAAUUAAAUAAUGCUUUAAUUAAUCAAGAUAAACAAAAUGAUUUAUAUGAAAGAAAAUUAAAUAAAUUAACAUAUGAACGUCGACAAACUGAUAUGCGUAUUUUAUCAUUAACUGAAGAAGUGAAACAAAAGGAUUUACAAAAUAAUGAAUUGAAAACAAUCAAAGAUCAAUUACUCUUAUCACCAAUUCGUUAA